AGUAUCACCAGCAUCAUACUGUUCAUACAUGAAGUAUGCCGGGGGCUUGGUCUUGCAGUGUCGCGGGCUCUAGCAAUGGUUCUCGAUUUCCAAGUAGGAAGUCGAAAAAAAAUUAGAAAUUAAAAUCGAAAAAAAAUGAAAUAAAAUCAUAAAAAAAUUGGAUGAAAGUGCAAUGAUUUCCAACGAUGCACGAUGCCUUCGAAUAUGCUUCCAUACUGGAAAGAUUACCCUUAGUAAUUGAAUCAAUAGCUAGUUAUGGUAAGGGGUAUAAUUUUAUUAGCUCUAAACUAUCUUGAAUUUAGUCUUAUUUAUUUUCACUUUAACGAGUUUACAUAAAUCAGAAAGUGCAGUGUCGAAUUUAAUUGCUACAUUAUAGAUAAUCACCUACUAGUUGGUACUAGGCCUGGUCAUUUGUUGGUGUAUAGUAUCAAAGAUGGUACAGGUCAGUAUGUGGCUUGUGCAUGACUUGUUAAAACAUGCAUGGUCCAGACUGCUUAGGGGCUGUUCAUAUGAUCCCACUCACCGAGAUGUCUUGCCUAGCGGGACGAAUAUUUCCGUGCGUUCAUAUGGAGUAUUUCGUCCCACUUGCCGAGAUGAAAUUACAAUGUAGUUCUAUAAUUAGCGUAUGCAAAACUUCUGCAUUUCAGUCAAGCAACACAAAUAUUUAGCGAUUUUAGCGUUUUUCUUUGUUUAUUUAGAAGAAAAAGUAUUGCUUUUGCUGCAUAAUUAAUACUUGUUUACAAAACAAACAUAAAACUAAGUAAAAAGUGUUAAAUUAAGACUUGUUUGACUUCAUCCCGGUAAGCGGCGGGCGUGUUCAUCUGGAAAAUUUUUCAUCCCGCUUAUACUUUUGAUCUCGGGAAAUUCAAGCGAGAUCUCGGCAAGCGGGCCAGCUCGCUUUCUCAUAUGAACACAAUGCAAAAUAUUGUAGGAAAAUAACUAGGUGGCGAGAUCAUCGGUAAGUGGGACGUCCCGGUAAGCGGGAUCAUAUGAACAGGCCCUAAGUUUGCUUUUUUCUUCGCUCCGAUAAACGUAUGUUCCUAGGAUGACAAAAUUGCAUGCACAAGAUCUUUGCCAGGCUUGGCAAACUUAGCAGCCCAGAACAUGCUCACUUAAAGUAAACCAUCUCCUGGACUUUGAAGUUUAUAAAUUCAAAUCUACAAGUUCACGUGGCGCUGGAUGACUGUUUCACUUGGCCUGUGGCACAUUAUUAGCACAGGGCCCCUUGAACCCCUCCCCAACGAUUUGAACUAAAAUUCAACACAGUUUAUAGCAUUAACAUGAACAUUAUAUAAAAAAAAUAUAUUAUUCACAUUUAAGAUUAAAAGUCAAACUAGCCAAACAACAUGAACAACAUCCAUACACAUUCAGAUUGCAUGAACAUCUACCGCAUUUGCCGUUGGAGUCUCAUUCGAUGCAGAUGCUUUGUAUAUGUUAUGUUUAUGUGAUUUUUGAAGAGGAAAAUUGUUAAUUAGCGAUGACAAGUCAAUGUUACGCAGGGAACAAAAAAUUCAAAAAGAUAAGCACAGGGCCCCCAAAAGUGCGGGGCCUGUGGGAUAUUCCACUUCUGCCACAUGGUUAAGCCGGUUACAGACGAGCAAGUUUUCUAUGACAAGUUUUUAUGUGACAAGUUUUAUUUGCUCGUCUGUACGCGCAACUUUGACAUUUUUUUCUAUGACAAGUGCACUUGUUCAACAGCUAGCGUGCUAGCUUUUGAACAAGUGCACUUGUCAUAGAAAAAAUUGUCGAAGUACAAAUUUUGUUCGUCUGUAUGGGUCAACAAAGAAAACUUAUCAAAAUAAUCUGAGCAUUUGUUGUGAUUGGCCAGCUGGCCACUAAUAAAUUGUCAAAGUAAACUUGUUGACACGUUCACACCAGUAAAUAAGACUUGUCGUAUGAAAACUUGUCGUAUGAAAACUUGUCACAGACCUGCCAAGUCUCACGAUUUAAUCGUGAGACUCACGAUUUUUAAUGCUUUCUCACGAUCUCACGAUUAUGUCCCCGAAUCUCACGAUUUUCGGAACUUAUGAAAUCAUCGAAGAGCGCACCAUUUAGUUACAAUAAGGCACACUCUUCCAAGGAAACGUCACACUGCAUUAGUGUAUUAAUAGUGCGCCUCUGAAUGCACAAUGUACAACGCCAAAAUUCUGUAUGCGUGAUGUUUGUUUUACAAAGUAAAAGCUGGCGUGUCCUGCUAAGUUUAUUGUCCUGUUAGUCCUAAUAUUAAUCGUAGUUUUCUUGUACAGUGGAAACUACUAAAGCCAUAAAGGAAAAACAGCCUGUUUUUAAUAAGCCUUGCAUUUACGGUUAUAUUAACAAAAUAUAAAUGCAUACUAUCAUAAAAUUGAAUAUCUAUUGAUUAUUUUCUAGUGUUGUUAUAAAAGUUAACCCUGGUCAUAUUAAUGAGCAAACCUGAAAAAGUCUCAUGAUUUUUCAGUCAAUCUCACGACUUUUUAGAUAGCAACUCACUAUUUCUGCUACUCAAGGGUUGGCAGAUCUGUUGUCAUAUAAAAUUUGUUGCAUAUACACAUGCAUGUGCACUUGGCAAAUAAAACUUGUCACAUAAAAACUUGUCAUAGAAAACUUGCUCGUCUGUGACCGGCUUUAAUCCGGCACUGGGAGAGCACCGCAUGGUGCUCAAUAGCUGGUUAAAGCUCAGUGCAUGCUUUAAAUCACUAGCUUAGAAGUUUAGAUUUUUCAUAUUAUUUUUCAGGUGAUCAGCGAUUUGAGGUGCAACUUAAAAGAUCCAACAAACUUUUCUCCAAAAAGCCUAUUGUCCAAGUAUGAUUUUUGGCUUGUGAAUUAAUUGCUCUAAUUUUGUAGCAACAUGUGUACGAUUGUAUAAUCGUACAGUACAGUAUGUAUCAAGUAGCAUUUGAUUAAUGUCAUGCUCUUGUGAGCUGCCUACAGUAUUAUUAUGUGUAUUGUAAUUAUUAUAAUUAUCACAAAUACUUAGUCCAAAUGUUAUAUUCUUUCUUAUAUGUAGAUGACAGUUGUGCCUGAAUUUAAUUUAUUAAUAAGUUUAUCAGGUAUGAAAAUUAUCAUAAUUAUCUGUCUGGCUGCCUCUGCCAGGUUUUUGUUGUGUAUUUUGAUGCAUAAUUAGGCGUAAAAAAACAACCUGUGGUUCCGGUUUCAUAUCGUGAAAAAAUUAGGGUCGGUAGGUCGGAAAUAAUUUUUUUUUUGAAUAUUUUUUUCAUGGUUUUGGCGGAUUUUUGCUGGGCGAUUUGCAGUAGGGUCCCGACAUCAAUGUUAACUAGAGAUGCGUAUUUCCUAUCGACGAAUUUAGGCAAUUUGGUUCAAUAAUUAGUGUGACAACAGAUGCCAUUUUGGCAUGCUGUAUGAGCAGCCCGCAACCACCUGGAGAAAAUAGGGGCGCACGGUCAAUUACGUUGAAAAAAUAAUAGGGUCGGCAGAAAAAAAUAGGGUCGGUCAGGAACCGGAACCACAGGUAUUUUUUUUUUACGCCUUAGACCAAUUAGAACAUUGUAAUAUAACUUUUUAGAUAAUGUUGUAAGCGUCCAUGAUCUAGAUUCAUUUAUUCUCAAGUAUGUCCUCAACAAAACAAGAGGAGCAACUGUCUUUGCUGUUGACUUCCAGGUACAUAAUUAUACGUUAAUUAACGUACAAACACCUAUAGUUGCAUGAACAUUAUCAUUACACUGUAUACACAUAUUUCAAAGUAUGUUGUUUAAUUAAAUACGAAAAUGUGACCAAUAUGAAUAUAUCCUUUCAUUUAUAGAAACAUAAAAAGUCAACUGUUUUUGGUAAGAUGAAUCUUAUUGAUAAGAAUUUUUUGAUGUUGCUCUUCUACUGGUUUUAUCUUCUUUUUUUCAAUUUUUAUAGAUCCAACACCAACAUUCACUCUGCGCAUGUGUGUCUCUGUUCGUAAAAGAUUAAUGGUAAGUAACUGCAAAAAUGGAAUAGAAUAUAGAAUGGAACAAAAUGGAAUAGAACAGAAAGGAAGAGAACAGAGUGGAAAAUAAUACAACAGAAUCGGAUUGUUCAAAACAUGCAGGACAGGGCAUGGCAAGACCGAACGAAAUGGAACACUAGAACAGAACAGAACAGAACAGAAUAUAGUAUUGAACUUAUUAGAACAGGCAACACAGGGUAGGGCAGGACAGGACAGAACAGAAUUAACUAGAGAAUAAAAAAGUAAUUCAGUGAUUAUUUGUUCAAGCUAUUUGUUUGGAGAAAUAACCAGUUUCAAGAUAUGGGAGAAGAGUUAGGGAUUCCGGAUGUCGCCAAAACCCUGGCAUGGGCUGGAGAUAGUUUAUGUGUUGGAUUUAAAAGAGAUUACUAUUUAAUAAAGGUUAGUGUAAUGCUAUUGUUGUACUUUUAUUCUUUUGUUAUAUUCCAGACUUGUUUUUUUUUAUCUUUGUGCAUUCUUUUGAACUUUUAGUAAGAGUAAUCCAGCAUAAAGAAAAUUACAUUUUUAUACCUGUUGUUUUAGACCACAACAGGUCAGCUCAAAGAUCUAUUUGGAACUGGCAAGAAUAUGGAACCAAGUAUUUCAGUUUUAAAAGACGGCAGUUUAAUUCUGGGUCGAGAUGAAGUCACCGUGUUUAUAGAUUCUGAAGGAAAACCAGCUAAACGGAAAGCACCUGUUUGGACUGAUGUUCCCCUAGCUGUAGGUAAGUAUGGAGAAGUAGAGAACAAUAGGGGACUGUAAUUAAGCAUGUAGGAUGGCAAGACGACAAUGAUAUGGCUAAAACAGUGGAGCCAAACAAACAACAUUGAUCAGACACUUUUUGGAAAAGCUUAAAAUUUUUAUCGAAUUGGGAUUCCCCUUAUGCCCUGCGUAAUAGCAGAUUCUGUUACAUAAUUCAUCAUGUGUACUUUUCUAGAUUUUUACGAUCCUUAUAUGAUUGGUAUUCUACCAAAAUAUGUAGAAAUCAGAACAGUGGAUCCUCGAGCAUUGGUACAAAGCAUCGAGUUAUCCAAGCCUCGUCUUAUAUCACAUGGGACACAUAUCUAUGUUGCAUCUUCAAGUCAUGUAUGGCGUCUGGUACCUGUGCCUAUUCCAAUGCAGAUCUCACAACUACUUCAAGAGAAACAGUUUGAACUUGCUCUUCUCUUGGCUGUGAGUAUAUUGUAUUGAUUAACUUAAUCAAUUAAUCUGAUUAUAUCAAUAAUUACGGCACAUAUCUUGUUUUGGCUUGGGAGCCUCGCUCUCAUGAAUUGUGAGCCAAUCAUUGUUCAUCUUGAAACAUGAGAAUGAGGCUCCCAGGCCAAGAUGAGGUAUGUGAUGUAAUUAUCAAAAGGAUAUAUUGCACCCUAAUUAUGCACCCUACUUCUAUAUUAUUUUACUUUGUUUGAAUGCCUGUCAAUUUUACUUCUGAAGGAAAGAGCGCUGCCACUCAUUGGUUUAAUCAGACCUUAAGGAAGAACAACUAGAACUGAUAGUGCUAUCCAGUGUCGAUAAGUUAAUUUUCACAAUUCCUCAUGUACAGUACCGGUAGUGGGGAACAUGUAGAACUAAUAGUGCUGUCAAGCAAAGGGAAAAAGUAAUAUUUGUUUUUCUUUAGAACAAGAUGCAGGAAAGUGAUUCAGAGAAAACUAAACGAAUACAGAGUAUCCAGUAUCAGUAUGCUUUUGAAUUAUUUUGCCAAAAACGUUUUCAAGAAUCUUUCAAAGUAUUUGCAGAAUUAGAAACAGGUAUAGUACUGUAGGAAAUCAGUUUAGUGUCCUGGGUUGGAAUGUACGAAUGCCGAAUGGGGAGUUUAUAUCAACCCUGUACUGUAUAUAGGGCCGUUAGCCACAUGUCAUUGUACAGUACAUGGUCAAUAAAACUUCCCAUGCAUCCUCUUAACCCUUUAAGUGGCAAUGCACCCUACUGUAGUAUUUUACUCUGUCUAACGCCAGAUGAUUUUACUCAUCAAGUGGAGAGUGCUGCCACUCAAUGGGUUAAUUCAUAAUUUUGAACAGUGUGUGUGCCAGUGUAGGUAAUAGGGAGUUUAAGAUGCCGACAACGAACAACGGGUACGGAACACGGUUGAAUGUUUGUUUUCGCAUUACUUUAACUGAGGCAGACAAAAGUUACAUAUCCCACAGGGUCUUAGCUAGAGGGCCGUGUUGGCCGUGCUAUCGCGGCCAAAAGUGGAAAAACUAUUUAUAUAAGGCAGUGUAGGUUCAUAAAAUAAGGUGGUGCUACUUACAACAGACAGAAUUUCUUCCUAUUUACGUCGCAAGAAAGUUUGUAAAAUCUACUGUUGUUGUUGAAUUGGCAAAAGUGAUUCGUGAUGUUUUAAUAUUCCGAUGGAUAAUGGGAACUGUAUGGUGUUAAAAUGGUUUUAAAUACCCCCAAUAGUUGCUGAAAUAACUUAAUAUUUUAAUGUCGGUGCGCAAUAUGAGUGUAUGCUCGCCUUGUAUUUGGUUGCAAAGCAUAUAACAACCACAAGCAUUAUUGUUGGCGAUUUUGCUAUUUGAGGUAAUUGACAUGUGCAUGCCCUGGUCAUUAGAAACACGCCCAAGAUCUAAAAUCCUAGCUAAGUGUCUCUUGUAUCCCCAGAGCAUACUUUUCACCGUAGCAACCUUGGAUACAGUGUAAAAAUAACAUUCUUGUGUUGUAAAACAGAAUCAAGAACAUAGCACAGAAACUGACUACUUAACAUUGCAGGUUGGAGAGUAGACUCUUAAACUCCCUAGUGACAAUAACAAGACAGUUAUGGAUUGGGAGAGAUAUUUUUCAAGCAGUUGUACUCAGGUAUCUCUCUCUAUCCCCAGCUGUCUCAUUUAGUUUACAGAAUAUUUUCUGUUUUCUUUCCCAGAUCCUCCUGAAGUGAUAGGAUUAUUUCAUGACCUGUUACCUGGAGAUUUCAGAAAACGCCUGGAGUAUCCUGCACCCCCACCUACGUUGACAGGAAGCGAGAUGGAAAAAGGAUAUCUUGCCCUUACCCAGUACCUGCUCAAGGUUAGAAGAACAGAUUAUGUACCUCGGUUAUUUGUUUUGAACAACAUCAGUUCAAUCGAGUGAGAUGCCCAAGAAAUAUUGAUAUUUAUCCAAUAUAUGCCUUACCGAGCCAUUGUCUUAGGCGUGGACCAUUAGAAAAGUGAUGUGGGGGGGGGGGACUAUUUCUGACUUGUACGAAUAUUUUUUAAAAUUUUUUGCUUGUGUCGAUAAUUUUUUAAAAAUAUAAUCCCUUGCACGAAUUGUUUUUUAUUUCAACUUAUAAUUUUCCCUAUUGAAAAGUCUCUGCACGAAUUUUUUUUUUCAAACUUGUUUGGUGCACAUUUUUUUUCUUUUUGUUUCCCAUGCGCGAUUUUUAUUUUGGUCCGCCCCUUAGUAUAUACAUGUAUGUACUUGGGUUAUUUGUAUUGAACAACAUCAGUUCAAUCGUGUGAGAUGCCCAAGAAAUAUUGAUAUUUACCCAAUAUAUGCCUUACCGUGCCAUUGUCUUAGGCGUGGACCAUUAGAAAAGUGAUGGGGGUCGGGGGGGACUUUUUCUAACUUGUACGAAUAUUUUUUAAAAUUUUUUUCUUGUGUCGAUAAUUGUUUUAAAUAUAAUCCCUUGCACGAAUUGUUUUUUAUUUCAACUUAUUAUUUUCCCUACUGAAAAGUCUCUGCACGAAUUUUUUUUUCAAACUUGUUUGGUGCACAAUUUUUUUUUCUUUUUGUUUCCCAUGCGCGAUUUUUAUUUUGGUCCGCCCCUUAGUAUAUACAUGUAUUAGUGAUGUAUACAUAAACUUUUGCAUUUAUGUAGAGCUAGACAACUGGACUCUGUAGUUCAGUUGGUGAGAGUGUUGCACCAGCAGGGCCUUUUUUAAGGAUUUUCCUGUGGGGGGGGGGGGCAUUUUUUUGAAAAGGGACCUUUCUGUGAGAUAAUAUAUUAGAGGGGGAUAGCAAUGGCUGAAGGCCACAUGUGUGGCCAACAUACCACGCACGAAUGGGGGGGGGGUCUGAGGGAGUACUCGCCCAGAAAAUUUUUGAAAUUUGAAUCCUGGAAAUGUCAUUUCCUGCAUUCUGAGCAUCCAAAUUUGCUCCAAAAUUUAUGCUAACUAUACUUGUAUUUGAAAUAAAUAAAGGAAAAAACGCACAAAAAGUUUAAAAAAAUAACCAUCAUUUAUCAUUACUUAUUAGAGGAGGAUAGCAAUGGUCAGGUGUGUGGGGGUGUACUCCUCCAGAAAAGUUUUGAAAUUUGAAGCACGGAAAUGCCAUUUCCUGCAUUCUGAGCAUCCAAAAAAUAAAAAAAUUAUUAACAAUAAUUUAUCAUUACUUAGUGGUAGAAAAAAGUAACAAUUUAAAUCGAUUUUGUUAAACAAGGACAAAGGAUAAAGCCUAAAACGUGCUUUCCGUUUAUGUAUUUGUUAAUCUAGGGAAAAGGGACUUUUCCUGGGGGGGCAAAAUGUGAUUUCGUGGGGGGGGACUGGGGGGGCAAAUGCCCCCCCCCAGCUUGUAUGUUAAAAAAGGCCCUGUGCACCAGAAUCACAUGGCCACAUGUUUGAUACCUGCCAGAGGGCCUAUAGUUUUUGCAGUUUAGUUUAGGUUUUGCUUCAUAAGUGCUUGACAUUAUUAUUCUGUAGCAACGCAACAGAUUAGCAAAGAAGGUGGAUGAAACCGAUGGAGAGGAACUACCUGAAAGUAUGUCAAGAUAAAUUCUAGAAUUCACAAAUAAUUAUUGAACAUUAAAUAAAAUAAAUACUCAAUUCAUGUCUUUCAGGUGAAAUUAAAACGAGGAAGACAUUACGACAAAUAAUUGACACAACGUUACUCAAGUGUUAUUUACAGGUUGGUGCGUUAAUGUAAUUUAUACAGGGUGUAUAAAAAAAACCCGAACAGAUGUGAAUUUGCUCUCAAUUUCGCAAAACAGCUAUUAGUAUCCAGUUUUUGAUGUAUAUACUAGUUUCUUUGGGUACUUAUAAUGUAGAAUAAUUAAAAAAUAUUCUCAAACUCAAAAUUUGUGAACCAGGGGGGGGGGGCGUGUCUUUUCCACGUUUAAUCAUAUUUUGAGUCAAUAAAUGGAAAAUGUGUUGGGUUUUUAAUUACUGUACAAAAUUUCAGACAAUUUGCUGUAGUUUAAGCCCUAUAACUAUUCACGCAAACUUACAUUUUUUUCUAAAAAAUCUGCUAUUUGCAUGCUUAAUUAAUGCUUUUGCCUAAUUUGCAUAUGUCAGAAAUAUGCAAAUUAGGUAAAGGCAUUAAUUAAGCAUGCGAAAGGCUGAUUUUUUAGACAAAAAUGAAUAGUUAAAGGGCUUAAACUAAAGCAAAUUGUCUGAAAUUCUGUACAGUAAUUAAAAACCCAACUAAUUUUCCAUCUAUUAACUCAAAAUAUGAUUAAAGCUUUUAAAUUUCGUGCGCAAGCCAUUUUUAGUUUGUUGGAAAAGACACGCCCCCCUGGUUCACAAAAUUUGAGUUCGAGAAAUUUUUUCAUUUUUCUACAUUAUAAGUACCCAAAGAAACGAUAUAUAUCAAAAAGUGGAUACUAAUAGCUGAUGACCUUUGCUGUGUUAGUAGUUAAAUUGUAAUGCUUUGCGUUUAGACAAAUGAUGCUCUAGUUGCCCCAUUCCUAAGGCUCGAGAACUACUGUCACCCAAUAGAAAGUGAGAAGGAACUUUAUAAACACAAGAAGAUUGAAGAACUUGUAACAUUUUAUCAAACCAAAGGAAAUCAUAAGAAAGGUUAGUUGGUUUGUUGUAUUACGACUAUCUAGACUGAACUUUACUUACAUUGAAUAUCAGUUGUUGUAUAAACUGUUCUUAUUGUUGUAUAAACUGUUCUGUAUAUUAUGUUUGUGAUGUUACCCUGAGUGUCUAUCCACACCGGGCAAACUUGAAAAAUAUGCCUGGCCACGGUGGGAAUCGAACCUACGACCUCUGGAAUACCAGCCCAAUGCUCUGCCAACUGAGCUACGCGGUCAGGUCGGUUUGAGUAUGCAAUAUUUCCGAACUGAGUCUAGUUCCAUCGAUAUCAAUGCAAUAUAAUCUGUUCUGUAUUGUUGUAUAAACUGUUCUUCGUGGUGGUCCAGUAAGGACCAUUCCUUGUUGGUUCAGUGGCACACAGAGGGAAACCAGAGUAUCUUAAGAAAAACAUGCAAUGUUUGGUAAAAUCAAAUUGUAGGCAUUCAUCUUGGAAAAUCAAGGCAUGCUGCACUAACCAAUGUGCCACUAAUCGCUUAUGACUGCUUGCAAACAAUUCUUAUUGCCCUAAACAUGGUUCCUAAAACAUUGUAAUUCUUUUUCCGUAGCCCUAGAUCUUCUUUUACGAAAAGCACAAAAACCUGGCGCGUGGCAAGGACCUUCCAAGACUGUUGAGUACUUACAACGUUUAGGUAUAUUAAUUUUAGUCUGCAUAUUAUGAAUAUACACAUUGGUAUAUUUAUGUCUUGUAUUAAGAUGCAUUCCUAAUAUUUUGUUUUCUGGUCAUUAGGGAAAGAAAAUUUACGAUUCAUCUUUGACUAUUCAGGCUGGGUGCUAAAGAGUCGACCUGAAUAUGGUCUGAAAGUAUGUUUUAUAAUCAAGACAUCAAUGCUUUUUCCAAUCUUGUAUUUAAACACAAAGGAAUCACAACAUGCCUAGCCAGUGUUCAAGGCCACUACACUGUUGUUCCAUUACAUUGGAACACAGGCUACAACACGUCUUGCUACAAUCCUUACUGCAAUGUUUGUUCUCUUCACAGAUAUUCACAGAAGAUAUACCGGAAGUGGAAGGUUUACCUCGAGAUCAAGUACUAUCGCAUAUUAAACAAAAUGCGCCACAGUUACAAAUACCUUAUUUAGUAAGAUAUAUUUUCUACUCUUUCAUUACCCAGAAUCCAUUCAAGGUCAAUUCUACUGGCCGCCAUUUUCUUUUAUAUGACUGAACUUACUAUAACUGUUCACGAUCUACAUAUUCUUUAAUAAUAUAUUUUAUCUUUUGCUUCAAAGAAACCCCAGGAUCCAUUUCAAUAAUCUCCCCCAUCUUCUGUGUCCUUCUACAUUUCAUUUUCAAACCUUAUACCUUAUUUCUUCAGGAGCAUGUAAUCCAUGUUUUCAACGAGCAAACACCAGAACUACACAAUAAACUUGUUGACUGUUACCGUGAACGAAUUUCUGAACUAAUGGAGUCAUAUAAAGAUGAAUUACUUGAGGGUAAGUGUUGUGGAGGUCGUAUAAUAUUUCCCAGUGUAAGACCCCAAUUUCAUUUGUUGGUUCAGCAGCAAGGAAGCACGGGGUCCCACACAGGUGCAAAUACAAUUAGUGCACUGCCCCUACAGUGUGCCUGCUAAUUAAUAUACUGUAGGUCAAGGCUAGGGUAUAGUUGACUACACUGCUUUGACUUGAUGUGCAUAUCAUGUAGAUACAGAGUUGUGGUUGGUUUUCUUCUCUGCUUUGAGGGUUUGUUUGGGUACUAGGGUUUACCUACCAAAAAGUAACCCUUCUCCGUUAGUCCUGAUCCUUCAUCAGACGUGCUCAUAUUGUGGACCUGGGCAUGUUUGAAUUGCAUCCUUGGCAAUUCAGCAAUCAGCUGCAACAAAAGACGAUUACCCUCCCCAACCUUUAGUUUAACCCUUUAAUGCGUCCUUUCUCUGUCUGAUACCAGACGAUUUUACUCGUCAAGGGGAGAGUUCUGGUGGCAGUCACUGGAUUAAUAUACAUUGUUUUCAGGUGAGUCAUUACCACGUGCUGGUAAAGAGCCUGGGGAACUGGGAGAAUUACGAAGUACUUUGUUGACAUUGCUACGCGAUUCGAGAUGUUAUCAACCACAGAAUUUACUCACUCAUUUUCCUGAUAGUAAGUGAAGUUUUAUUCGGUAAUAUAUUUGACUUAUUCGACACGUUCGGUACUUUACUUUUUACUUUAUUGUCACUCAACUAAAUUUUUACACUGUCUUAAGGUUUUUUUGAAGAACGUGCAUUAUUGUUGGGAAGACUGGGUCGGCAUGAGGAAGCAUUGGCAAUCUAUAUCCAUGUUUUGAAUGAUAUUGAUAUGGCUUCAUUGUAAGUGUUUUUUUUAUCUUUGGUGAGGUAAAAUAUGCAAUAUUGUUGCCCAGUUUGCCCAUUGAUAGAUGCACUUCGAAAUUGGUGUGUUUACUAAACAUUGCUGUGCUGGUCAAUCAGCAAUUACCAAAGCAGUUGACCACUAUCUGCUUCUCGUAACUCUUACUGAAAUACCAUACCCCGUGGAACACUUAAACCUUUUCAUUAUCCCUUUUUCAUUAUCCCUUUUCAUUAUCCUUUUUCAUUAUCCCUUUUCAUUAUCUGAAAUACCAUACCCCGUGGAACACUUAAACCUUUUCAUUAUCCCUUUUCAUUAUCCCUUAUCAUUUUUCCUUUUCAUUAUUCCUUUUCAUUAUUCCUUUUCAUUAUCCCUUUUCAUUAUCCCUUUUCAUUAUCCCUUUUCAUUAUCCUUUAUCAUUAUCCUUUAUAAUUUUUCCUUUUUCAUUACCCUUUUUCAUUAUUCCUUUUUCAUUAUUCCUUUUUCAUUAUUCCUUUUUCAUUAUCCCUUUUCAUUAUCUUUUAUCAUUUUUCCUUUUCAUAUUCCCUUUUUCAUUAUUCCUUUUCAUUAUCCCUUUUCAUUAUCCUUUUUCAUUAUCCCUUAUCAUUAUCCUUUAUCAUUGGUAAUUUUCCUUUAAAUGUUUUAAAUGUUUGAUCUUUUGCAGAUAUUGUAAAAGGACGUAUAAUGACGAAUGGAAGGACAGUAAAGAUGUAUGUACAGUAUUUCAUAACUAGUGUGCAAGAGUAUUUCCUUGACAAGUAAAGUUUUCUGGCGUUAGACAGAAUAAAAUAAAUUUAGUUAUUCGGACACAUUUGGGCACAUUGGGUCAUAUUCCAGAAAAUAUCUGUAUCUUCUCCACAGACCUCAGAAAAUGCCCUAUCCCACAAUAGCUCUGUUCAAUUGAACAAAGACUGGUAUAAAUUUUGGUCUAGAUACUUCUUGUGAAAAUGCUGCAAAAUUUAAGGGGGCACAUGCCUCAACUGUCCCCUUCCCCCACGUUGUGAAAUGGAUUAUUGUCCUAGCUUGAAAGAAUUGUACAGGGUCUUACAAACUUAUACAGUCGGUGUAGGUAGUGUUGUGUGUAGAUUGGUAGGGAUAUAUCUACCCUGAACGUUUUGAGAAAUUCACAAGUACUGUGUACCGUACCAUACCGUCCUGUACGUAUCAUCAUAAGUAAAUUUCUAUGUGAAAAAGUUGGUUUCUUAUUACCAGAUUCAGUAAUUCAGUGUCAUAUCUAUAUUUCUCUAGGUAUAUGCAUGUUUGCUGCACAUGUAUCUAUCGCCUCCUGAGGCAUCCAUUUUAGGAGCCAAGACCACAGACUUGCAACUAAAGCCAAAUGUGGUAGCAGCUCUGAGUGUGCUACGGGAGCAUUAUGAUAAAAUUAAUCCAGCUAAGGUACAAGGCUGUCCUAUUUUUCAAGGCUGUCCUAGUUUUCUUGUACCGCUGUCCAAGGUACAAGGCUGUUCUUUUUGUUAUGGGUUUGUAUUUACCAAUUGAGUGCCGCACUUUCCCUGGCGUUUAUAGGCAAAAUAAUAAAGUACUAUAGGGUGCAUCAGAGUGCGUUCCCACUUAGGUUAAUAGGAUGUUAUGCAUGGGCAGAUAUUCUGUUUAAUCAAUUGGCCUUUCUCAUGACGAAUAUCCGCCAUUUUUGGGUGGCAUCUAAUUCUCGUUAACCAAUGCAGACAAUUAAAAUCAGUGUGAAAAGCAAUUUUUCAAAAUAAACUAACCAUUUACAAAGCAAAUUUAGCAUCAUUCGUCCAAAAAUUAUAAAAAGUAGCUGUUAUGUGGACUUAUCUCGCAGACGUCGGCUGAAAAGCCACCCAAAAAUGGCGGCGUGAGAAAGGCAAAUUGAACGGCAGCAAUCUCCCUUCGACCAUGAAGUAAAAUUGUCUGGUGUAAAAUAAUAAAGUGUAGGUGCCUCAGGGAGCAUUCAAACUUAAAGGGUAACCCAUUUGCUGCACAAGGCUCUCUCCUUGACGAGCAAAAUUGUCUGGUGUUAGACAGAGUAAAUAAUAAACUUAGGCGCAUUGCAGCUUAAUGUCUUAACUUGACACAUUGGCAGAUUGGUGGUUAACCCAUUAAUACAUAAGACCUUCUCUUAAUGAGUAAAAUCAUCUGAAUAAGAUAUUAAAGUCAGGCAGUGCAUUUGGGUGCUCCUGGAUAGCUCUAUCAGUUCUAGACUGUUCUCCCUGGAGAUCCUGUAAGGGCCAUAUUCUGCAAUCAAUUAGCCAUUCCGAAGUUGAUGAGUGGACUGGGGACGAGUGUUAAAACGUGCCCAAAUUAAGAAAUGAACCAAAUCACUAAAAAGACCACCUCAAAAUUAGUAAGUAUACAACGUUUGAAGACGUUUACAUGAAUACCCUUGGAUUAAUAAGCUUUCGAAAAUCCGAUAUUUACUAUGAAAUGUAUUGCAAUUUUUGUUUUUGGGAUGCGCGUCCCAAAAACAAUCUUUUAAUCAGUAAUUUCACAAUUUUGGAAAGCUUAUUAUUCGAAGGGUAUUCAUGUAAACGUCUUCAAACUUUGUAUACUUACUAAUUUUGAGGUGGUCUUUUUAGUGAUUUGGUUCAUUUCUUAAUUUGGGCACUUUUUAACACUCGUCCCCAGUCCACUCAUCAACUUCGGAAUGUCUAAUUGAGUGAGACACAUGAAAUAUAUAAAAAAAAUUGCUUUUGCUCUGUCAAGUCUCAAAAGAGAAAAUCACUAGUGAAAUACAGGUGUAAACAAAGAUUUGUGUAUUUUUAUACAGGCUUUAGAACUUCUUCCAACGACAAUUGAGAUUCAAGAAAUUGUUCCUUUCUUGGAAAGUAUUUUAGAAGAAAAAUCUUGCAAAAAGAAAACAAAUCAAGUUUUGAAAAGUCUUUUAUUUGCCGAGCAUCUUCAGGUAAUAGCAUGAAACAUUGCUGUAUAACUUUAUAGCCUCAUACUCACCAGAAUUUUUGCAUUGGCCUUGAUAACUUUUCAUUAACAAAUUUAGGCCACAUAAAAUAAAUUCCUUUAUUCUCAUCACCGCCCGACUGUAUUUUAAGAGCCGCGUGAAAUUUUUUUAUAUUUUGUUAUACAAUAUAAAUGUACCGCCGGACAAAAAAUUUCAAGACAGUUAAGUUUUUUAUAUUUAAAAUUGGGUUUUUAUUGCCAUUUUAAACUGCCUUGAAAGAAAUUUCAUUGCAUUUUAACGGAACUUCGCAUUCAGUUGAAGGGUUCAGUCAUUGUUCGUGGAGAAAUAUGUUUAUUUCGGUUUGUGAUACUUUACUUUGGAAAUCACAGAAAUAUUAAAUGUUAGGAAUUAUUUUUUAUUUAUUGAUGAUAAAUUAUAUAAAUAUAAAAUAUAAAAUAUAAACCUCCCGGCUCUUCGACAUUUUCAAAGUGUAGUGAUGAGAAUCAAGGAAUUUAUUUUAUGUGGCCUUAAUAGGGGGAAACUGAUAAUCUAGGCAAUUAUACACCCACUGAAUAUUUUUCACACAUGGUUCAGGUUAUUGUUAAAAUGUACAGCUUUGAUUUCCACUAGAACUUACAAUUACCUCUCACUGGCUAUUGUUUGAUUUACAUGUACACCCAGGAUAACACUGUAUCAAUGGGUGACUCCAGCUGUGGACGAAAUUUUGAUCUCGGCAAGAAGAACGAAAUCCAACACCACAGCUAGAAAGAGCAUCUUAAAAUGAGUAAAAUUGCAAAGUUUGCUUGCGAAAUGUUGUAAAAUGAAGAAAAUAUAGCCCUGUGAAGUUCGCAAAUUUUGUAUUUAUUUGUAUAAUAUAGCAUUUGUAAAUUCUGAACGCUGAUUGGCUAAGAGCCGUGUUGAUAUAACUCCAUGUCAACACGGGAAAUUUUCCGCCGCUUGUAAACACGGAAAUUUUUCUUAUUCUUCGGGCUUUUGACAUUGCUAUAUUAUAAAACAAAUAUAAAACAUUUUUCCGUAUUCAUAUAUAGUUAUAUCAACACUCGUGGAAGUUGGGAAAACUCGAAAUUGUGUGAAAACACUCCGCCCUUCGGGCGUCGUGUUUCCACACAACUUCUCGUUUUCCCAAUUUCCACUCGUGUUGAUAUAACUGUAUAUCAACACGGAAAAUGUUUUAUAUUUGUUAAGUAUUACGCGCGGUAAAAAUAACCACUUUUGCUCAAAAAUGGUAAUUUUUCCCGCUCGUAAAAUUUGCGAACUUCACAGAGCUCUAUUUUCCUCAUUUUACAACAUUUCGCAAACAAACUUUGCAGUUUUACUCAUUUUAAGAUGCUGUUUCUGUGUGUGGUGUUGGAUAUCGUUCUGGUCUAGAUCAAAAUUCCGUCCAUACUGCAGCUGGAAUCACCCUAGGCUCAGAUUCCAGCCUUUGGUCCACCCAACGGCUGAAAUCUCAGCCUAGAAUCACCCAUUUCGUCUAUAAAUGGUAUACAAUUUAUCAUAAUCUUUUUAUUUGCAUAAUUAUAGAUUCAAGAACGAAGAAUGCACUAUCAAGCAGGGAAGGUUCUUAUCACAGAUGAACGAGCUUGUCGAGUUUGCCACAAGAAGAUUGGGACCAGGUAUUAAAUUACAUAAUUUUCACAUUCACAGACCUGCAGUACCUGAUGCCCUAAUACCAUUUUCCUGUCGACGUGUUUACAUAUUUUCAAAUUUCUCAAAACAUGUUUUCAUCAGUCGAAAGUAAUUGUUUUGAUCAAAGAAAUGUUUUUCGACAAUUUUCAGAAAGUUUCAAGUAAGUUGAGCCAUGUUUUAUUAUUUUUUUAAUUACUGUGGUCCUCCUUUUGUUGAGAAUUGACCGCGAAACCAAAGGGGGGACCACAGGACCAAAUGUGGGACCAUUUGGGGAAAGUUUUCAAACUUUUCCGUAAUGCAGAUUUGUAUGUUGGUAGUUAAUCAUUGGUGAUUUCAACUUGCAAUGGUUGCUUUUGUACAUUUCGCCAGAGAGAUGGCUCAUGUAUUUUAAUCAGAAAUUACAAGGUUAUUUUUUGUUUUCUAGUGCUUUUGCAUGCUAUCCAAGUGGAGAGAUCCUGCACUAUUACUGUUACAAGAGUCCUACUGAGAAAAACAAAUAACAAAGUAAUGCAAUUAUCAAUUAUACAAUUCUACUAUCCGUAAGUAAAUUUUAUACCAUGUUUAAAUUAUAGUUUAUCAAAUUAUGCUACAGUAUAAUGAUCUCAAAUGACUGUUUCAAAAUGUUCGUAAAGCUUCCAACAAAUGUGAAUGCAACGUUUUCAUUUUUACGAAAGUACCCAAAAAAGAGAUAUUUAUGGAUAUUUAUUACCAUGAACAUUUGCGGACAGAUGUACCUCUAUAUCAACGGUUACCCACAAACGUCGACGUAUCUCGAUAUUGGAGCUGCACAACGGUUAAAGCGAGGUCUGCUUCGAAGUACAUAGUUUCAUUGUUGGCCUGCUACCAGGCAGUAGUUGGCCUGCUAUCAGGCAGUAUAGUGGUACAAGAUUCCUACCCAUGACUGUAGUUUGCAUGUUUCCGGGAAGUCUCUGGGUAAGCUGUCGUUAGUGGUACAUUUUCAUACAAGUUUGAUUUUCUAAUCAGAUGCUUGCAUGCUUACAAAAAAACGUUGAGGUAUCUUUCACCUCAAUAUGCUACAUCUUAUUGUGAUUUUCGGUGCUUAGCUCUGAUGUUGAAAGUCGAUUGCAAUGAAUAUAUCAGUUUAUACUGCAAUGGUUUUUCAUUUCAUGAAAAACUAUGCAUGAACAAACUAUGUUAGCUUGCUCUGAAUUUAUAAAACUAGUAAAUUGCCUUGAACAGAAUAAUGGUACAGUAAUGCAUGCUAAUCACAUUUUGUUAAAUUCUAUCGUAAUAAAAUAAGUGUUACUUUUUAAA